CUCUGUCUCUUACAGCCCGCCUUCCUGGAUCUCUGAUCCCCAGGUGAAUGGGAGAUGCCACGGUCAUUCUUGGUGAAGAAUAGGAAGGCACACGCUUACCAUCACCGUGCAGUGGAUGACAGCGUCCUGGUGCCCAGGUGGGAUACAGGAACUUCAGCAGCGUUAUCUGCUGUUAUUUCCGGCGGCAGCAUCCCGGAAGAAAGCAAGGCCUUCCAGGCAGAUGAUGCACCAGGCUCUUCUCCAAAAGAAAAACAGGACUCCAAGGGGGUCAAGGAAGAACAUUUUCCUGUUCAGAAUGUAACACUGAUAGCUCCAAAGCAGCCAAAUCAAGAGAUGCCCAUCCUGACUUUAAAAGCCCAAGAUGAGAAUGCUCCCACUUUCUACAACUCCAGCUUUGCUUGGAAUGCCUUCUGUCCUCCAUAUGGGUACAGACCAAUGUCUUCUACCGUGCUGGAGCACUCCAUUCACCUGUAUGGGACCCCAGUCCUUCCUGCCACAGACCUCCCUCUUGACUACAGCAUGCAGUUCUCGCCCGACAUGGAGGCCUACCACUGUGUCAUAUGCAAUAAAAUGUUUUCUACCCCACAUGGCCUGGAGGUCCAUGUCCGAAGAUCACACAGCGGCACACGGCCUUUCGCUUGCAGCGUUUGUGGGAAAACCUUUGGGCACGCCGUGAGUUUGGAGCAACACACCAACAUCCACUCUCAGGAGAAAAGUUUUGAGUGCAAAAUGUGCGGGAAGACAUUCAAGCGGUCAUCCACCUUAUCUACUCACCUGCUGAUCCACUCGGACACCCGGCCGUACCCCUGCCAGUAUUGCGGGAAACGGUUCCACCAGAAGUCGGACAUGAAGAAACACACCUACAUUCACACAGGGGAGAAGCCACACAAAUGCCAAGUCUGUGGGAAAGCCUUCAGCCAAAGCUCUAAUCUCAUCACACACAGCCGGAAACACACCGGCUUCAAGCCAUUCAGCUGUGAGCUCUGUGAGAAAGGUUUCCAGCGCAAAGUGGACUUGCGGCGUCACCGGGAAAGCCAGCACAGCCUCAAGUGAAAGAGGAACCCCAUUGUGGAAUUAGCUAUGGCAGAGGGUCGGGAACGUUUAGCCCAAGAGCUGUAGACAGACCUUGGCCCAGAUUGUAAAUCCUGCCCACUUUGGUUCUAGCUCCGCCCACUCUUGCUUCUGAUUCCGCCUACUUUGGGCCCUGGCCUCACCCACCGGUGGGAUGUCGAUGCCAGACUGGAUCUAAAACCUUGCAGCCUUUAGCCCAUAAAAAGCCUUUCCCUGCCCUUUGAGUUAAGAACGGUGGAAAAGUAAUAAUAAUGCCUCCAAGAAAGAUUAUCUUUUUCACUCUCUUUCGCCAGGCCAAGACUGGGAGAAAAGAGUGGCAAGGAUCUGUAUUUGUUUCUCAAAGUCUGAGAGAGGGAUAGAAAGAGGGCAAGUGAGUCUGAAUUUACUGUACUUCUGUGGGCUUUGUCUGCAACGGUGCUCAGAUUACAAGGCUAAAAUAAAAGGAAGUGCUUAGUAGAAGUAACUGGGCUGUCCAGGCAAGGAAAAUCUGUAAAACUACCCAUAAAAACAAAUCAGACACCAGGUUUCUGUUCUGGGAAACAAACAGUCUCAUGUUCAGGACAUUUCCAUCUCUAUCAAUGAUUUACACGGUCCGUUGUGCAAAGGUAUCAUGAUUUUGCGUCUGUGUUUGAAUCUGUGUUUCCUGAAAAAAAGAAA